ACUGCAGUCAAACACUGGAGCUGAACAUCAACAUUAAAGACGAAGAAGAGGAGAAGAUUGGGAAAUCUGUUUCUCAUGGAGACCAUGUUGAGACAAUCUCUACAUCCAGAGAGCAGCUGGAAGAUCACAGAGCUAAGAGGUCUCACCACUGCCCACAUUGUGAGGAGAUCUUGCCAUUUCUAUCAAAGCUAAAAAUACACCUAAAAAUACACACAGGAAAGAAUCUGUAUUCCUGCACUGACUGUGGGAAGAGCUUCACAACAUCAACUAAGCUAAAAGUUCAUCAGAGAACACACACGAGAGAGAAGCCUUAUUCCUGCUCUGACUGUGGGAAGAGUUUCUCCCGAUUGGAUAAUUUAAACACACAUGACCGUAUACAUACAGGAGAGAAGCCUUAUGUCUGCUCUGACUGUGGAAAAUACUUUAAAACAACAGCUGAGCUAAAAGUUCAUCAGAGAACACAUACAGGAGAGAAGCCUUACUUAUGCUCUGACUGUGGUAAGAGUUUCUCUCGACUGGGCCACUUAAAAAUACAUGAACGUAUGCAUACAGGAGAGAAACCUUACCCCUGCUCUAAUUGUAUAAAAUGCUUCACAACAUCAACUGAGCUAAAUGUUCAUCAGAUAACACACACAGGAGAGAAGCCUUACUUCUGCUAUGACUGUGGGGCAAAAUUCUCUCGUCUGGGCAACUUUAAGCUACAUAAACGUGUACAUACAGGAGAGAAGCCUUACACCUGCUCUAAUUGUAUAAAAUGCUUCACAACAUCAACUGAUCUAAAAGUUCAUCAGAGAACACACACAGGAGAGAAGCCUUACUUAUGCUAUGACUGUGGGGCGAGUUUCUCUCGACUGGACCACAUAAAACUACAUGAACGUGUACAUACAGGAGAGAAGCCUUACAUCUGCUCUGACUGUCGAAAAUGUUUUAAAACAACAGCUGAGCUAAAAGGUCACCAGAGAACACACACAGGAGAGAAACCUUACUCCUGCUCUGACUGUGGGAAGAGUUUCUCUCAACUGGGCCAAUUAAAAAUACAUGAACGUAAACAUACAGGACAGAAGCCUUACUCCUGCUUUUAUUGUGUAAAAUGCUUCACAACAUCAACUGAGCUAAAAGUUCAUCAGAGAACACACACAGGAGAGAAGCCUUACUCCUGCUCUGACUGUAGGAAGAGUUUCUCUCAACCGAGCCACUUAAAAAGACAUCAAGGUAUACAUAAAGGAGAGAAGCCUUCCUACUGCUCUGACGACGGAAAAUAUUUGAAAUCAUCAGCGGAGCUAAAAGGUCAUCAGAGAUCACACACAAGAGAGAAACCUUACUUCUGCUCUUACUGUGGCAAAGUUUCUCCCGAUUGGGAAAUGUGAAAAUACACCAACGGAUACACACUGGAGAGAAGCCUUAUCACUGCACUGACUGUGAGAAGAGAUUCUCUCAACAGAGCAAUUUAAAAAGACACCAAUGUAUACAUAAAGGAGAGAAGCCUCAUCAGUUCUCUCAGACCAGUGAAGAUUAGACACUCCACUUAAUUAUCAUGUCAUUAAAUAAUUGGCAAUGUUGAAUUGGAUCAAAUGAAGAAAGCGUAGAGCACUUGAAAUCCUAUUUUCUCACUGUGAGAGAACUGUGCAGAGGAAAGGGAGUGGUUUAUAGGAUGUUAGCCUCUUUACUUUACUGAUCAGUGUGCACCUUGUCAGUUUUGGUGUGUUUUGUUAGCUUCUACUGUAAAGAUAUUGAGAUGAUCUUGGAUUUGCCCUUAGGGUUGAAUAUCCUCUGUGAGACGUCUCACAAUGGAGUCUGAUGGUUGACUGGAUGGUACUGCUUCCCUCUGCAGUUUUCUGUGGGAUUGAGCUGGUAGACAACAUGCACUGAGUGUACAAAACAUUAAGGACACCUGCUCUUUCCAUGACAGACUGACCAGGUGAACCCAGGUGAAAACUAUCAUCCUUAAUGCUGUUUAUUUAUUAUGGAUCCCCAUUAGCUUUCAGCAGGAAACAAGAAACUGCAGUUGGAGUGGGCUAAGAAUUGAAAAGACUGGACACUGGAGGAUUUGAAAAUAUUUGCCUGGUCUGAUGAAUCCCUGUUCCUGCUGUUUCAUGCUGAUGGUAGGACUAGGGUAUGGAAAAAAACAUCAUUACAUGCAUUCAUGCUGUGUGUCAGCAUUGCAGGCUGGUGGUGGUUGUGUGAUGGUUUGUUUUCAUGGCACACAUUGAGCCUGUCAUGCCAAAUAAUGUCCCCCUCUACGCCACAAUGGGAUUCGAUAAACUUAGCGUCCGUUGCUUAACGAAUGUUGUGAUGACCUAAUGAUUAUAAUUUUGGAGAUCAUUACAGCCUAAAUUAUGUUCUUUUCAUCAUCGCUAUGCAAACAAAGCUGAUUUUCCCCAACAAUUUUGCUGUUUAAAAGUUUUGUUUAGCUAAUCAAAUACAAACAUGAAUUUGUACUACUUUUUGGUACCUUGUUAACAUUACAACAUGAAAUCCACGUCUUACAUGUUGCUACAUUUCAGAAAUGGCAAUGAACGCGUGUAAUCUGCUUGACACAUUAAAGUGACUUACCUUACAGAUCACAGUCAGCUCAUUUCCAUUUGAUUGUCUGGAUGUCCUGUUUUAUUUUAACUGUUAACUGUUUUAUUUUAACCUAGCCCUUGUGGUUGAAUAUGAAAUAUAUAUAUAUAUAAGGUCCUAGCAUACAACAAUGAAUAAUGUGGAACAAAUAAAUACCAUCAAAGGAUACCUGGCAAUAUUUAAGUUUGUAAUACAUAAACUGAUCGUUUUUAUUUUCACAGAUGAUUUUUUUGUACACACAUGGCAGACAUACUUAACUCUGGUGUGUGGAAUAAAGAGGUGGGUGCUGUGUGGUUGGGAGGUUCUGCCUGUCACUUGUUCUCAAUAGGUAGUCUCGGAAGGGGGACUUGAAGAGGGAGACUGCGAAGUCCAGGCACUGCAGUGCUAGUAGUUUUUUUAGUUCAUCUGUGUAUCUCACAUAUUAUAUGCCCAGUAUGAUAUGGCUUGCAAACUUUAUUAGCAGAUAAUGACAACAUGACAAUAACAGUAGCUUUAAAUGAUGUAAUGAGAUGGAUGGGAUGAGUGGGCAGAUUGUUGGGAAAUCAGAAGUCACUAGAUGCAGAAUUUCAUCUGGAGGGAGAGGUGAGAAAGAGUUAAAAGAUGAGGAAGGAGGCAGAAUCAAGAGAUGCUUGAUCAGGUGCUGUGGCUAAUUCUUCCUGUCACUUGUCCUCGACAGGCAGCCAGUCUUAAAGAACAAUCAUGUUAAAUCAAUUGUUGUUUUGUGAUAUCAUUGAAGACGUUAGAACGGAAACAUUGUAACUU